AAGCAAAAAUGGAGUCUGUAUAAAGAUUACAAACAUCACUCCACUUCAUCAUCAUUCCUCUAGAGUAGUAGUUGUAGAUAUAGAACAACAACAACAACAAAAACAACAACAACCACAACAACAACAUCAUCAUCUUCAUUCUUGAAUCACCAAACUCAUUCCACUCAAAACAACAACAAUCAUCAUGUUCAAUGUUCAUCAACAUCAACAUUCACCAUGAAACAUCAUCUUCAUCCAACCACCACUCCUAAAAAGCAACAAUCAACACCUUCAAUUCCUUUAGUUUCAUCCCACCCUUAAAUUUACCAUAUCUUCUUUCUAGUUCAUAUCCACAACCACAACUACCAUCUUUUUUUUUUUUUUGAAAAUUAAACUUCAUUAAACACACCUCAGACUCAAACGGGCAAAAGACCAAACAAACAACAGCACCCACAACUACCAUCUACCACCAUGAACCACCACCACAACCACCUUCUCAUCAUCUUCAUAUGUCUACCACUUCUUGUUUCCACAACUACCACCACACUUCCUCUACAACUUCAUGCACUUCUUUCUCUCAAAUCCUCUUUAACAGACCCUAUGAAUACAUUUCAAGAUUGGGAUCCAUCUCAAGUACCCGGACCUGGACCCGAACCGGUUUGGUGUAAAUGGUCGGGUAUCAAAUGUGAUCUCAAAACAUUUCAAAUCAACACAUUAGACAUCUCUAACCGAAAACUCUCCGGCGCAAUUCCCGAUGACAUCAAACACUUGACACACAUCCAUCACUUGAACAUCAGUGCAAACGCGUUCGCUGGGCCUUUACCAGCGGCGAUAUUUGACCUGACUUAUCUCCGAACGCUUGAUAUCAAUCAUAACUUUUUCAAUUCAACAUUUCCACGUGGCAUUUCGAAACUGAAAUAUCUCACGUUCUUCAAUGCGUACAGCAACAAUUUCACCGGACCGUUGCCGGAGGAAUUUGUUCAGUUGCAGUUUUUAACAUAUCUGAAUCUCAGUGGAAGCUACUUUGAAGGUGAAAUUCCACACAGUUACGGCGGUUUCCGUACGUUGAAGUUCUUAGGCCUCGCUGGUAACAGCCUCACCGGUGAAAUUCCGGCAGAGUUAGGCUUUGUAACGUCGUUACAACAUUUAGAAAUCGGAUACAACGCAUUCUCCGGCCAGAUUCCGACGACGUUUGCUGCAUUAUUCAAUCUAACUGUCCUUGACGUUUCGUCUGCAAAUCUCUCCGGUGACUUUCCUAUCACGCUAACGAAUUUGACAAAUCUCGAGACAUUAUUAAUUUUCAAAAAUAAUUUCUCCGGUGAUAUUCCGGCGAGUAUAGGAAAUUUGAGAUCUGUAAGGAGUCUCGAUGUAUCGGAUAACAAAUUCUCCGGUAACAUACCGAAAGAAAUAUCGUCGUUGAAAAACCUAAAGCAGCUGAGUCUAAUGAACAACAAGCUCACCGGAGAAGUUCCAGAAGAUAUCGGAGAGCUGCCGGCGCUUGAAAAUCUGUUUCUAUGGAACAAUUCACUCACCGGAAUUCUUCCACAAAAACUAGGUUUAAAUUCGAGAUUACAGCGGCUUGACGUCUCUUCGAAUUCAUUUUCCGGUCCGAUUCCGCCAAACCUCUGUCUCGGUAACAAUCUAGCAAAGCUUAUCCUCUUCUCCAACAGCUUUUCCGGUAACCUACCGGCGUCGUUAGGUAACUGCACGUCCUUAACGAGAUUACGCAUGCAGAAUAACCGCCUCAACGGCUCAAUUCCUAUCGGAUUUGGAAAUUUGCCGAAUGUUACAUACGUAGAUAUGAGUAACAACAAUUUCACCGGUCCGAUUCCUGCAGAUUUAGCGAAUGCGGUUAAAUUAGAGUAUUUAAACAUAUCAGGAAACUCAUUCGGUACCGGUUUACCGGAAAAUAUCUGGAGUGCACCGAGUUUACAGAUAUUUUCUGCUAGUUUUAGUAAACUUACUGGAAAAAUCCCUAAGUUUCAAGGCUGUGAGAAUAUCUACAAAAUCGAAAUCGAAGCGAACGAGUUGAGCGGUAGCAUUCCAUGGGAUAUUGGACAUUGUAUGAAGCUGAUUUCAUUGAAUUUGAGACAUAAUGCAUUAACAGGCAUUAUUCCAUGGGAGAUUUCGACUUUACCGGUGAUAACUGAUGUUGAUCUUUCUCAUAAUUUCCUCACCGGUACAAUUCCGUCCACUUUCGGUAAUUGUAGUACGCUGGAAGGUUUCAAUGUGUCGUAUAAUCAGCUUACUGGACCUGUGCCUUCGUUCGGGCCAGCGUUUUCAAGCCUGCAUCCUUCGUCGUUCGCUGGGAACGAUGGACUCUGCGGUGGAGUAGUUCAAAAGGUUUGUGAUACCGGAAGUGAAACCGAAGUAAAGCAGCAGCAGACGAAGAAGACGGCUGGAACACUCAUGUGGAUAUUAGCCGCAGCGUUUUGUGUAGGCGUGUUUGUUCUUAUAGCCGGAGGCCGUUGCUUCCACGCAACUUGCCAGCGGCGGUUCGUGGUGGAGGAGAGGGAGAUUGGACCAUGGAAACUAACCGCUUUCCAGCGGUUGAAUUUUACCGCGGAUGAUGUGGUGGAGUGCGUGUCAAUGACGGAUAAGAUUUUAGGGAUGGGGUCCACUGGGACGGUGUACAAGGCGGAAAUGCCAAGUGGCGAGAUCAUAGCCGUUAAGAAACUCUGGGGGAAGCAUAAAGAGACGAUUAGACGGAGACGAGGGGUGUUGGCCGAGGUAGACGUGUUGGGCAACGUGAGGCAUCGUAAUAUCGUGAGGUUGCUCGGGUGUUGUAGCAACAUGGAUUCUACGAUGUUGCUCUACGAGUACAUGCCGAAUGGGAGUUUAGAUGAUCUGCUUCACGGGAAGAACAAAGGCGACAAUUUAAUGGCGGAUUGGGUCACACGUUACAAAAUAGCGUUAGGGGUAGCGCAAGGAAUUUGCUACCUCCACCACGAUUGUGAUCCAGUGAUUGUUCAUCGUGAUUUGAAGCCUAGCAAUAUUUUAUUGGACGGCGAGAUGGAAGCCAGGGUCGCAGAUUUCGGUGUCGCAAAGCUAAUCCAAUGCGACGAAUCAAUGUCGGUGAUCGCCGGUUCGUACGGCUACAUUGCACCAGAAUAUGCGUAUACUUUACAAGUCGAUGAAAAAAGUGAUAUAUACAGUUUUGGGGUCGUGUUAAUGGAAAUCAUUAGUGGGAAGACGUCGGUAAAUUCUGAAUUUGGAGACGGGAAUAGCAUCGUGGAUUGGAUUAGGUCAAAAAUGAAAAGCAAAGAAGGGAUGAAAGACGUGUUGGAUAAAGACGCAGGGGCAUCGUGUAGCUCGGUGAGGGAAGAAAUGAUGUUAGUAUUAAGAGUCGCAUUGUUAUGUACAAGUAGAAACCCGGCUGACCGACCUUCAAUGAGGGAUGUCGUGUCAAUGUUGCAAGAAGCAAAACCAAAGAGAAAGUCGCCGGAGAAGGGUGAUAGUAGAGUGGUGGUUACUAGCGGUUCUAAACCUCAACCGUCACCACCGAAGGCCCAAGUUACAUUGAAUGUUGAUAGAAUCGGGCCUUUUUGAGGGUUUUUUUUUUUCUAUUUUAUUUUUCAUUUUUGGGGACUCGUAUGGGUUUGGUUUCAAUUUUUAUUUUAAAUUAGUGGUGGGGAUUGGUAUAGGUGUAGUAAAUUUGUUUUCAUUUAACUAAUGAAAAAUGUCAAGUCACUGGUCAACGGUGGUGGGGUGUUUUUGUAAUUUAACAAAUGCUUAUCGA